AUGGGUUGGUUUAGUGGAAGAUGUUAUAGUGAUGCAAAAUUAAACGGUAAAACAAUAAUUGUCACCGGAUGCAAUACUGGAAUCGGCAAAGUUACCGUGGAGGAUUUUUAUAAAAGAGGAGCAAAAGUUAUCAUGGCUUGUCGAGACAUUAAAAAGGCCGAGGAAGCUAAGAUCGAUAUAAAAGAAACUUGUAAAAAUUCACCCAACAAAGGCAAACUCAUCGUUGAAGAAUGCAACUUAUCCUCUUUUAAAUCGAUCAGAAAAUUUUGUCAAAAAAUUCUCAGCACUAAAACCAAAAUUAACGUUCUGGUAAACAACGCUGGAGUGAUGAUGGCCCCUCGAGGAGAGACGGAAGAUGGUUUUGAAACUCACUUUGGUACAAAUCACCUCGGACAUUUCCUCCUUACAAUGCUUUUACUGCCCAGGAUAAUUGACAACACCCCAGCAAGAAUAGUUACUGUAUCCUCUAAAGCGCAUUCAUGUGCUAAAGUAAUAAUGGCCUGCAGGAACAUAAAUAAAGCAGAAGAAGCCAAAGAAGAUAUUGUGAAAACCUGUAAAGAUUUACCUGAUAAAGGUGAUAUUGUGAUCGAAAAGUGCGAUUUAUCUUCUCUUAAAUCUGUGAGAGAAUUUUCAAAGAAGAUAUUGGAGUCGGAACCCCAGAUUAAUAUCUUGGUUAACAAUGCUGGUGUCAUGAUGUGCCCUAAAGAAUUGACGGAGGAUGGUUUUGAAUUGCAGUUUGGAACGAAUCACCUCGCUCACUUUCUACUCACUAUGCUCCUUCUACCAAAAAUUAAAGAGAGUGCCCCGGCAAGGAUAAUAAAUGUAUCAUCAAGAGCACAUACAAGAUUUAAUAUGAAUCUAGAUGAUAUUAAUUUCGAAAAAAGACCAUACAGUUCUUUUGAAGCUUAUGCACAAAGCAAACUGGCAAAUGUAUUAUUUGCAAGGGAAUUAGCAAAUAGACUCAAGGAUCACAAUAUACAGGGUGUUAACACGUACAGCCUACAUCCCGGUGUUAUAAAGACUGAGCUUGGACGUCACUUGGAUAAAAUUUUAUUUAGAGGAGCAAGAAGACUCAUUGGUAUUCUUACUUAUCCGUUCAUGAAGUCACCGGAAUUGGGAGCACAAACAACUAUAUAUUGCGCUGUGGAUGAGAAAUGUGCAAAUGAAACUGGACUAUAUUAUAGUGACUGUGUUGCCGUAAAUCCUGAUCCCAAAGCACUUAAUGAUGAAACAGCUAAGAAACUUUGGGAAAAGUCUGUGGAAUUAGUUGGCUUGGAUUUUGAUCCAUUCACUGUGAAUACAGAUUCAGUAAAAAUUAAUAUUUAA